GCGACGGCCGCAGCCGCGGGGUCGUGGGUAGCGCAGUGCGAGCUCGGCCGUCAGCGUCCGGCAUGAAGCGCCGGGGUCUGGCUCCCGUCUCGUCGCUCCAGUGCCAUGGCAUGCUUGCGGAGCCUGUCCUGGCGGACCUCAUGCACCCUGGUCUGGGGCCUGGCGCCGGUGUCCCGCCCCGUUGUCUGCUGCGGCCGCGCGGCCGACCUUCUGGGACGGAGCCGGGCCGCGCCGCUGUGCGCGCCCCGCCGGCUCCGCGCGGCAGGUGAAAUACGUCGAUUUAGAACCUCCGACGCCUCUCAAGCCACCUUAGCCAGCGUGUCCCCGGUGUUCACUGUGACAAAAUUUGACAAAGAGGGAAAUGUUACUUCUUUUGAAAGGAAGAAAACUGAAUUAUACCAAGAGUUGGGUCUUCAAGCCAGAGAUCUGAGAUUCCAGCACGUCAUGAGCAUCACAACCAGAAACAAUAGGAUUAUUAUGAGGAUGGAGUAUGUGAAAGCUGUCAUAACUCCAGAAUGUCUUCUGAUACUGGAUUAUCGUAACUUCAAUUUAGAGCAGUGGCUGUUCCGGGAACUUCCUUCGCAGCUGGCUGGAGAUGGUCAACUUGUCACCUACCCAUUACCCUUUGAGUUCAGAGCUAUAGAAGCACUCUUGCAAUACUGGAUCAGCACUCUUCAGGGGAAACUCAGCGUUUUGCAGCCGCUGAUCCUUGAGACGCUGGAAGCUCUAGUGGAUCCCAAACACUCUUCUAUAGACAGAAGCAAACUGCACGUCUUACUGCAAAAUGGCAAAAGCCUAUCAGAGUUAGAAACAGACAUUAAAAUUUUCAAAGAGUCAAUUUUGGAGAUCCUGGAUGAGGAGGAGCUGCUGGAAGAGCUCUGUCUGACAAAAUGGAGUGACCCACAAGUGUUUGAGAAGAGCAGUGCUGGCAUUGACCAUGCAGAGGAGAUGGAGCUGCUGUUGGAGAACUACUACCGCCUGGCUGAGGAUCUCUCCAAUGCAGCUCGGGAACUCAGGGCACUGAUCGAUGACUCACAGAGUAUCAUUUUCAUCAACCUGGACAGCCACCGUAACGUGAUGAUGAGAUUGAACCUGCAGUUGACCAUGGGAACCUUCUCUCUUUCACUCUUUGGACUCAUGGGAGUUGCUUUUGGAAUGAAUUUGGAAUCUUCCCUUGAAGAGGACCAUAGAGUGUUCUGGCUGAUUACAGGAAUCAUGUUUAUGGGAAGCGGCCUCAUCUGGAGGCGUCUGCUCUCCUUCCUCGGACGACAGCUGGAAGCUCCUUUGCCCCCUCUGAUGGCCUCUUUACCUAAAAAGACUCUUCUGGCUGAUAGAAGGAUGGAAGUGAGAAGCACUCUCAGGCCUGAUGGACUUGGAUCAAGCAGGAACAUCCUUACAAACCGCUAGGAACAGCUGGCCUGGUGGAUCCGGACACUUUAUGGUAGUCACAAAACUGAUGCUUUUAUGAUGGAGUUGGACACUUUGGGGAGGGAAGGAAAUCAUUGGUAUGUAUGUCUAAUGAUGAAGGUAUUACAACAGUCCUUAUUGUAUAGAAAAAUGAUUGCAUUUUUCAGAAUUAAUGAGCAAAAUGCUUACCUUGUAAAAAGGCAAAAUUGUUUUUGAUGUCAGUCAUGGAGAGAUUAGUUCAACACAAGAGCAGUCAGCUAUAUGGACUUCAUUUAUACACAGCGAGAAAAGUGCCAUUUCCUGUGGAACAAAGCCUAGAAACUUGCCAACUCCUGGUUAUAAGAUCAGGAUCCUUAGUUCUUGGUCAGUGCAAGGAAUCAUGUUGGUGUGAUUGCCUAACCCUCAGGUGACUGAAAAGCUUUAUUUGCCUCUUUUAUAUAUGGUGAAUCCCAGUCAAAUUUCAGCCCUCUUUGAUUUGCUCUGAUUACAUCCCAAGGUUCUAAAGUUGAAGCAUUUUUGUUGUGUUCAGUGCCUGAGGGAAGGAAAAUGCAGUUACCCCAGCUGCUAUCUGUACCUCAGAAGCUGACAGAUGGCCCUCCUGAAACAAGAGGGCAGAUAAGGGUUACAGCUGUUCACCUUUUCCAAGUUAAACAGAUGGCUCAUAUUGGUAAGUCUGACAGCUGCCACCUACUUAAUAUCUACCUUUGGUAUUUGCUGGACAGUAAAUACCAACAGUGAGUGAAAUGUGCCUCCAAAAGUGGCCGGAGCAGCUCUCCUACUAGAAAUGUUUCAGUAAUAAACAACUCAGGUGUGAGGGAUCCUGAUUAGCCCAUGGUGUUGGGAAUUAUUUUCUUUCAAAGCAUCAUAUUCUCAAGAGAGGGAGCACUUUGCACUGCAUGGGGUACUUGUUGCAAGGGGACUGGGUUCUUGGAAUCCCAAAGGGCAGAAUUUGAGCAAUUUUGGUCACUUGUCUUUGUUGUUACUGACAGUUUUGAGUCGAGCCUUGUCCUGUUAGUAAAAGGGCAAAUGUGUAACUACCUCAUGGUUCCUGUUGGUUUACAACAUAUUUGAAGGUAGUUGGAUCAAGUCUGAUCUCAAAAUGUUAGCUAAUAGGUGAUUGCUGGAUACUUUUUACAGCAAAGUUCUCUAAAGCCAGUGCUCCGAGAGGAAGUUCACUGGUAGAGUAGACUGAACAUGUCGGCUGUUUGUAAACAGGGUGGUAAAAUACCAGCCAGUGUGAGACAGCCCUCAUCUCAGAGGCCUUUCCAGUGGCACCUGUUGUGCCUUCGGUCAGAGAAUUAUGUUCAACAAAGCACGCGUUCACAGAAACUGAUGGACACUAACCACUUUCAUAUUAGAGCUAUUUUGGUAACUUAUUCCCAGAGUUGCAUGUAGCCUUGAGGUAAUAAAGUCACACUAAAAUUGGGAUUUACCCUCAACCUGUUAUGCAGACACAAAAUGAUUCCAGCCCUGAAGAAAGUUGUUAUAUAUAAAUAGUACCAAGAAAAUGCAAAUGUCUUCUGAUAAAUUGAAAUAAAGAAUUUUAACUUAAACUGUUACAUACAUUUAGUUUCUCAUUAACACAAAUCAAACUAUAAGGUAUUUCCAUUUCAGUUAGUGGAAUCAAUAUAAUCAACCUGGUAUGCUAGAUUUUUACAUAUUUGCCAUAUAUGCUGACCUUCAACAGAAGUAUAGUUUAUAACAUUUGUGUUAGUAUGACAGGUAAAUAUCCUAUAGACUUGAAGAUUGGUUUGCAACUCUAUAGAGUUUAACUUCCACCUAAUACUUGCUAUGUUUAGCAUUGAAGUUACACAUUCUGAAUAAUGAUCCUGUUAAACUUGGGCUCCGUCAUUUAGUGCAGCAUGAAAACAGUGAUCUCUUCCACCAUGGGAGCUUCUUAGGAAAAGGCUUAGCCCUGACUUCUCACCUUGUGAGCGAAUCAAGCCGAGAGAUUUCUAGUCCCCAAAAAAUAACCUACCUUUUAAUUAAAAAUAACAGGUUGAACUGCCAAUACCUGGUACCCAGACAAAAAAUAGGGUUUCCCUGUGGCACAGGGAGCUAGACCAGGAGGUGCAACCUGAGCUGCUCUUGCCCAUCUGUACUCACAUCACUGGAGCUUUUCCUGGGGGUCUAGUUUCACCUUCUGCUCCUCAGCUGGAUUCCUCCCAUCUCUGCCUCUAGAGAACCUGCUUUUAUCAUUUCACCAGGCAGCAGGCAGUAAUGCCUGCCCCUGUGUAGUGAAGCCGAACCACAUGAUCCGUUCUUCUCCCUUAAAUCUGCCAGACCGACAGAUGAAAUCCCCCGACCCGCAGACAGCCGGGACCAAGGCAGGGCCUGCUCCCCUCCUCUCACUGCCCCACUGACUCGGACCUGGUCUCCUCCCUGCUCUAAUUCUGUUGGUGCAGCACGAAGUGACCAAAUACAGGAAAGGGCCUCGUGGGCUGACAUGAAACUAGUAGAGAGGCAGGAGGCCCAUCGCCUGUUACAGCUGCUGCUGGAGAAGGCCAGGAGAGCUCAGGAAGCAGAGGAAUCCUCAC